AUAUUUUCUUCUUCUUCUCUUUUUUGUGUGUGUGUAAGAGAGAGAAAUAUUUUUUUUUGGUCUAUUUUGCUGUCUGUGCACUCCCAUUUUUUUCUAUCCCCUUAUCAUGUCAUUUUCUUAUCGCUCUAUUCUCGCAAAAUCUGUGAAGCAAACCAGCUUUAUCAGAUCUGGUAUCCAGCAGCGUUCCUAUGGUGCUCUUCGUGCAGUAGCCGCAUCUGAUCCUCGUCAUGAUCAUACGGUACACAUCACAUCUUCUAGAGGUGUUACUAUCACUCAUGAUCCUUUACUUUCCAAAGGUACUGCAUUUAGUCUCGAUGAGCGUGAACGUUUGUCAAUCCGUGGUCUUGUACCUCCUCGCUGCCAGGACAUGGACAAACAGCUGUUGAGAGUCAAGCGUAAUCUGGACGGAUGCGAUACUCCCCUCGCAAAGUUCAUUUUCUUAUCUGCCCUUCAGGACCGUAACGAGACACUUUUCUACAAACUAUUGAUUGAGCAUCUCGAGGAAUUGUCAGGAAUCAUCUAUACCCCUACUGUUGGUCUUGCAUGCCAGAAAUCACACUCAAUCUACCGUCGUUCUCGUGGCAUGUAUUUCUCAUCUCAGGAUAGAGGUCGAAUGUCUGCCAUGGUCUACAAUUGGCCUCACGAUGAAGUCGAUGUAAUCGUGGUGACCGAUGGCUCUCGUGUGUUGGGUCUGGGUGAUUUGGGUGCAAAUGGUAUGCAAAUCCCCAUCGGAAAACUUAGUUUGUACGUUUCCGCUGGUGGUAUCCGACCCCGUGCUGUAUUGCCAGUUGUUCUGGAUGUCGGUACAAACAACCAAUCUCUUCUUGAUGAUCCCCUUUAUCUUGGAAUGGACCACAGACGCCUUGAAGGCGAAGAAUACUAUGAUAUGGUAGACGAAUGGGUAACUGCAAUUCACAGCAGAUGGCCAAACGCGCUUAUUCAAUUUGAAGACUUCAAGUACCCUCACGCCUACAAUUUGCUGAACAAAUAUCGGGAUAAAAUCACCUGCUUCAAUGAUGAUAUCCAGUCUACUUCUGCCAUCACUCUUGCUGGAAUUCUCGCCUCUCUCAAGGCCAGAGGAAAAGAACAGACCGAUCUUUCCGAAGAACGCAUUGUGUGCGUUGGUGCAGGUUCUGCCGGCGUUGGUGUCUGUGAAGGCAUUAUCGACUGUCUUGUUGCUCAAGGCAAGGUCAAGACCCGAGAGGAGGCAUACAGACGGAUCUGGAUGCUCGACCAAGACGGUCUUUUGGGCGCAGUAAGAGACACUCCGCUGGACGAGCGCCAACAAUCGUAUGUAAAGCACGACAUGGCAGAUCGCUUGACUCUGGAGCAGGUUGUCGAGAAGGUCAAGCCGACAGUUAUUCUCGGCCUGACUGGCAUCCGAGGAGUGUUUACUGAAAAGGCGAUCCGAACCAUGGCACAGCACACAGAGAAACCCGUCGUUUUCCCUCUCAGUAACCCCGAUACACACGCAGAGUGCACGGCCGAAGAGGCCUUCAAGUGGACAGAUGGUCGCGCUAUUUUUGCGUCCGGAAGUCCCUUCAAGAAUGUAGAAAUGCCUGGUGGCAAGAUUGGCUACACCAACCAAUGCAACAACUCUUACAGUUUCCCUGGUCUUGGCUUAGGUAUCACCGUCUCAAGAGCCAGCCGUGUAACCCCAACCAUGUUCCUCGAAACUGCGCGUGUAAUUGCUGACCUCGCAACACCCGAACAGCUCAAGCAGGGUAUUCUUUUCCCUGGUGUAUCAAAGUUGCGAGAUAUCGCACUGGCUGUUGGUACAAGAGUCUGCGAUGUAGCAUACGAGGAAGGCGUUGCCACCGCAACCCUCAAGGAAUUCGAACUUCUGAGUGAUGUCGUAGAAAACUCGAUGUACAAGCCUGAAUACGUUCCUCUUGUAUAUCACCAAAACAACCACUAAACAACAAUGCCCAGAAAAGAAAAUCCGGUCGAUACCUUUAUCACUUAUUCAUAUUCAUAUAUUUUUAAAAUAAUAAUAACAAUAGACUUCUUUAUUCAAUAAAUUAAACAAAUUCAUUAUUAAAAUAAUAUCUUAUAUCUUUGGAUCUC